AUGGAUCAUGUUAACUAUACCUGGACACAAACCUUUCUCCUGGCUGGUUUCACCACCACAGGAACCCUAAGACCUCUGGCUUUCUUGGGCACCCUGUGCAUCUAUCUCCUCACACUGGCAGGGAACUUGUUCAUCAUCAUCCUGGUGAAGACAGAUUCCGGACUGUCCAUACCCAUGUACUUCUUUAUCAGUGUCCUCUCCUUCCUGGAGCUCUGGUAUGUCAGCACCACGGUGCCCACUCUGCUGCACACUCUUCUCCAUGGGCGGUCUCCCAUCCCCUCGGCUGCAUGCUUUCUCCAGCUCUAUAUCUUCCAUUCCUUGGGUAUGACUGAGUGCUACCUGUUGGGUGUCAUGGCACUGGACCGCUACCUGGCCAUCUGCCGCCCGCUGCACUACCAUGCACUCAUGAGCAGACAGGUCCAACUCUGGCUAGCAGGGAGCACUUGGGUGGCUGGCUUUUCGGCUGCACUUGUGCCAGCAGGCCUCACUGCCACCCUGCCAUUCUGCUUGCAAGAUGUAGCCCAUUACUUUUGUGACCUGGCACCACUGAUGAGGUUGGCGUGUGUAGACACAAGCUGGCAUGCUCAGAUUCAUGGGGCAGUGAUUGGUGUGGCUACUGGCUGCAACUUUGUGCUCAUCAUGGGACUCUAUGGAGGCAUCUUGACAGCUGUGCUAAAGCUGCCCUCAGCAGCCAGCCGUGCCAAGGCCUUCUCCACUUGCUCUUCCCACAUGACGGUAGUGGCCCUGUUCUAUGCCUCUGCCUUCACAGUCUAUGUGAGCUCACCUGGGAGUCGACCUGCAGACUCGGACAAGCUUGUUGCCUUAGUUUAUGCCCUUCUUACUCCUUUCCUCAACCCCAUCAUUUAUACCCUUCGCAACAAGGAAGUGAAGGAGGCUGUGAAAAGAGUCAGUGAAAGGAUGAGGGCUAUUUGGAGGAAACCCUGA